UAUACUCAUAUAUAUGAUAAUAACAAUGCAACCUGAGCAAUAUACCUGAACGAUAAUGGAUAAAAUUUUUGAUUAGUUGUCGAAUGACUGCGAAUAGAACAUGAAUAUCAAAAUGAAUGAAAAAUCAGCCGAUGUUAAAUCUAAUUCGAACGAAAAUCAAUCCGAAUCGUUAGAUUCGAAUCAGUUUAGUGAUUCGAAUAUUAUUCCAAAAGAAUUGAAUGGAUUACUUAAUUUACCACCCGUGAAUACGAACCCGAAUAACUAUUAUUAUCAGCAACAAUUUCCUUAUAAUAAUUACCAAAGUGGUCAACCUGUACCUUUCUAUAAUUUAUCUAAUCCAAACUUUUAUCAACAAAAUGGCAGCAAUCAUUAUCACCCCAAUUGGAACAAUAAUUCGCAUCAUCGUAAAAAUCUUCCAUAUCAGUAUAAUAAUUCAUCAAUGCCUACAAUUAUAUCGAAAAUGGCCGAAGAUAAAAUGAAACCGGCAUUCAAAUCAAUCGAAAUGAUACUCGAAACAUUUAACUCAAUCAAUAUGAUACUAGAUUCGACAUAUUCCACAUUAUAUGGAUCAUUUCGUACCAUCACCGGUGUUGCUGAUCAUUUGAUUUUCAUACGGAAUCAUUUGACAGAAUUAGCUUUGUUUCCUCGUUUGGCUUGUACAUUAAUCAAUUUGAUCAAAUGGAUGUUCAAGUUUUUGGGCUUAAACCACACAAAAUUGGGCGAAAUGUUUGAACGACAAAUAAAUAAUGAUAUUUGGCGUGAGGCAAUGUCAUCAUCAAAUGCAAUAAAAAUUCCUGUAUCUGAGUCUUCAGGAGAUGAUAAACCACAUUCAUCAUUAUGGCCAGUGAUGGCAUUCUUUUCGUUGAUAUUUGGUACACCAUAUAUUGUUUGGCGAUUACUUGGAGCCACCGGCCAAAUUCCACGAAUCAACCAGCCGGAUUGGACCACCAAAAAUGGGCGUCAUUUUGUGGCUAUUGGAUUACAAAAUUUUAAGGCUCGUAAUAUGAAUGAAUUAAGUUUCCGUAAAGGACAAAUGAUAUAUAUCAAACCAGAAUCACUACAACCUGAUUCAAAAUGGUUGGUAGCUUGUACGAUUAAUGAAGAUGGCAAAAAACCUGUACAGAUCGGAGUCAUUCCAUUAAAUCUUGUGAAAUUAUUAAUGAAUAAAUAAUAUCUAAUGAUGUGUUGAAUAAAAUUUUGCUUGUUUAAUCUGAGAAAUUAAA